AUGAAGAAAUUCAAGAGAUUCUUAAAAAGCAAGGAUAAUGGUUCGAGCUCUCGAUCGAGAACUGUAGGUAGCUCGAUAGCCAGCAGCUCUAGGCAGUCUACAUUUUCCCAGUCCGGUUCAAUCAGCGGACCGCCACCUUCGUACUCGUCUCUUGGAUCUAGGCCCCCCACGCUAUCCCAAGAACAAAUGAAAGAUCUGUAUCCCUAUCCCAUCUUCGCAGCAGAUCAUCACACUGAGGCUAUCGACGUUCGAAUCAUCGAUUUGAUGGCACCACCAAAAAGCGGACACUGGCAUCAUGCUGGAGACUCGACCCACCCAAAUACCGAUACUGUAAACAACUCUGGAGUACCUCCUUUCAAUUUCUAUGAGCUCAAAGGAAGUAUGAGAGAAUAUGCAGAAUCUCACAUGCAAGUCGCUAAAGACUUGAUGCCUCGAUUUAGAACAGAAGCCGUGAAGAUGUGGCGAUCAGAUCCAUCGCAUGUCACCCCUUCAUCCACCAAAGAUGAAAGUACGAUCAAGUGGAAAGAGAUGCUUGACACCUACGCUAACGCAUGUAAACAAAUUUGCGAUACUAAUCCUAACGUCACUUGGCGAAAGCAAAAAGCCUUGGGUCAUUGGUUGGCGUUCGCGGUCGACGAGAAACCGCUUGACAUGGUCUCUAACACUGAUGUCGAAUCAGGCACUGCCACUGCUACCCCGCAAAAGUUUGAUAUCGAAUCUGCAACUGCUCUCAAUCACCUUUUACGGGAUAUGGACAGUCCCGAAGAUCUAAACUCAUUCUUGCAAGAUCCUUCCUCACGUUUAGAGGACAGCCUGAUUAGAGAAUGGACGGGUUUGAGGGGGAGAUAUCCAAAUAUCGUAGAUUCGAAAGACCCAGACGCCAGGAAGACAUUGUCUUCGUUUGAGGAAAGAAAAAUAUUGCUACACAAGCUUCUUUCAGAAGAUGAAUCAUGA